UGUAGAUCUAUGUCCGAGGCUUUCGCUUAUUCAACAUCGCUCUGAAACACAAUUCGUCAUACAAUUAUUCUCCGAUGAUCUAUAUCCAUGGCUCUCGCUCGUUCUUUAUCGUUUUGAAAUGCAACUCGUCGUACGAUUAUUCUCUAAUGUUUCAACAGCGAUAGAUAACCUCAUGGCGCACGUUAGCAACAACCUCCCCUGCGACGCCGAAGGACUGUGCAUGGUCUGCAAGCAACUCCCGCCGGAGGGGGAAAUCCUCACCUGCCAGACUUGCGCCGCCCCCUGGCACGUCGCCUGCCUUGCCUCGCCGCCGGAAUCGCCACACAACGUGGCGGAUUGGAGCUGUCCGGACUGCACGGAUCUCUCCGUCGACGGAGCGAGGCCGUCGGCGAUAGCUUCCAGCGGUGGCCUGAUUGAGAAAAUCCGCGCAAUCGAGUCCGAUGCGUCGCUGACAGACGCGGAGAAAGCCAGGCGGCGGCAGGAGCUGCUUAGCGGAGGCGGCGCCGACCAGAAGACGGAGGAAGGCGGCAGUUGGGAGAUAUUGGGGGAUAAGUUCAAUUGCUCCAUCUGCAUGCAGAUUCUGGACAGGCCUGUUACGACGCCGUGUGGACACAACUUCUGCUUAAAAUGCUUCCAGAAAUGGAUUGCUCAGCAGCGCACGAACACAUGUGCUAUUUGCCGGAAGGCGAUUCCGGCGAAGAUGGCGAAGGAGCCUCGGAUCAACUCAGCCAUGGUAAUGGCUAUAAGAAUGGCUAAGCUAGCCGAGCCUAGUUCUACAGGGGGCACUCAAAGAGCCUACCACGUUAUUCACAACCAUGAUCGCCCCGACAAAGCAUUUACCACCAAUCGGGCGAAAAAAGCCGGCAAGGCUAAUGCUUGCAGUGGGAAAAUUUUCGUGACCGUUCCUCUUGAUCAUUUUGGUCCAAUUACGGCAGAGAAUGAUCCCACGAGAAACCGGGGUGUCUUGGUUGGAGAUUCAUGGGAGGAUCGGAUGGAAUGCAGGCAAUGGGGAGCUCACUUCCCUCAUAUUGCCGGGAUUUGUGGCCAGGCUGAUCAUGGAGCGCAAUCGGUCGCGCUGUCUGGCGGCUAUGUAGAUGACGAGGAUCAUGGAGAUUGGUUCCUCUACACGGGAAGCGGCGGUCGAGAUCUUAGUGGAAACAAAAGGACAAAUAGCAAACAGUCCUUUGAUCAGAAAUUCGAAAGCUUCAAUGAAGCAUUGCGAAUCAGCUGCCGACAAGGUUAUCCUGUCCGGGUUGUGAGAUCUCACAAGGAAAAAAGAUCCUCGUAUGCACCCGAAGAAGGUGUGCGCUACGAUGGAAUCUACAGGAUCGAAAAGUGUUGGCGCAAGACAGGGGCUGAGAGAUUCAAGCUCUGCCGAUAUCUAUUUGUCCGCUGUGAUAAUGUGCCUGCACCAUGGACAAGUGACAUCCAUGGCGACCAUCCGAGAUCAUCAGUACCUGUUGUUGAGGAGUUAACUGAAGCUACUGAUAUCACGGAACGACAAGGGAAUCCUGCCUGGGAUUACAAUGAACAUGAGGGCCGCUGGUUAUGGAAAAAGCCUCCACCUGAGAGUCGAAAAGUGCGUGGCGAACUGAAUGGCGAUGGCAAUGGAAAUGGAACAAAGAAAAGAAAACGUCAGCACCACAACAAAUCCACAAAACAGAGGCUUUUGAAAGAAUUCAGCUGCCUUAUUUGUCGAAAAGUGAUGGCACUUCCGGUCACUACGCCCUGCGCCCACAACUUCUGCAAGGCGUGCUUGGAAGGGGCCUUCGCCGGCCAGUCCUUUGUGAAAGAGAGGACAUGCGGUGGAACAAGAAAGCUUCGAGCACAGAAAACUGUUAUGCAAUGUCCUUCAUGCCAAAAUGAUAUAUCCGACUUCCUCCAGAAUCCCCAGGUGAACAGGGAAAUGAAGGAUAUGAUCGAGUCGCUGCAGAAUGAGGUGAACGAAGAAUCAUCAAAAGCUGAAGCAGCGGAGAAUGGGAUGAGUGCCGGAGCAGAAAAUGCAGACAGGGCAAUGAAUGAAUAUUAGAUGGAAACUUAAAUAUUUUGAGAAAUUUCAGCUCCUGAUAUUAUGAAAGAAAGUGAGGACGACCAAGGCAGCGACAGCUUGUCUAACUGAUCUUCACACUUGCAUCGGAGAAAGAAAGACAAGCCUAUGAAAAAUUACAAGAGGAAGAAGAUGAGGAAGAGAGCUAGCUGAUGGUGUCCUUUAGGACGAGCUUAUGGGACCGAUGACAAGAAACUCACUUUGGCCAACAAAGCAUAAGAGGUUGUUCUUCGACUCCAAUGUCUCAUUAAAUUUAUUGCGUGCAAAUUAUCACACAUUUGCGCGCGCAACACAUGGAAUUGGCAACGGAUGUAAAGACUACCAAGCCAUAGCUGUUGCUAGUUCUUUCAAGGUGCAAUCGACAAGAUUGGCCCCUUCCGAGGCAGAGUUUGGUUGUGAUUUGAAAUUGAUUUGAAAUAGAGUAUCGAUUUAAUUUUUUUUGUUUAAAUAGUAUUUUCAUGUAAAAUUGUAUAAAGAGAAAUAGUGUAUUUUUAUUGACAACCGUUGCCGAAUAAUG